AAGUAAAAAAGAAGAAAAUGUAAGGUUAUGGGAAAAGAAAGUAUUUUGAAGUAUUUAUGUUGUUUUUAUAAUUAGAGUUAAUUUAAAUGGGGCAAUUUGAUUAAAUAGUUUACUUUACAAUGAAAACUGAGAAUGUUGUUCAUACAGGUGAUCCUGUGUGGACACAAAACGUUGACUUAUUACCUCCUGAGGAGUGUCUUCCAGUUAUAGGAAGUACGCAAGUAUCUUCCAUUCUACAACAUUUAGAUCCAACCAAUACGGCUAAUGGCGCUCAAAACAUGGACCUGAUUAUAAUGCCUCAAACCAACUUUAAAAUACCUUCUGUAGAAAAUCCUUUCCCUCUAUCAAGUAACUACAUAAUCGUAAAAGAGAACAGUGAAGACAAGAACGAAAAGUCAUCAUUGACCAUUGAAAAACCGAAGAAAAAGAACAAUUACGAAAAUAUGUUGUAUUUCGUUUGCAAUCUAUGCCCGUUUCUGUGCACAAAAGACUCUAAAAUAGCCGAGCAUGUGGAAAAUUGCCAUAAAAAUAAGACGACUGUAAAACAACCACAAUUGAAAUGUCCUGCUUGCUCAAACAUAUUUUAUCACAGGAUGUCUCUUAAAGCUCACCUCAUACACGAUCACAGCGUAUCCAACUCUGACUUAUCCUAUAUAAUUCAAGCUAUUGUAUACUACUCUAAUAAAACCAAAAAAGGAGAAAACAAACCGAAAUUAUCACCUAAUAAACCGCCAAUUGAAGACAACGUCAACUCGAUAUGUUUGGAUAAUGUAGAGACUCCUUCGAAUCUACAAUACAAUUCGAAAUCCUUUUUCGAAAGCCUCGCCAAAACGUCCGAAAACACUCCAACAAACGCCAACAACAGCGUGAAAAGAACCAAAAUAUGCCCACACCCGGGUUGCAAAAUCAAACUCCCGGACGCCAGCAAAAUGAGCUAUCACCUGUCCUGUCACGCUGGAGAAGGUUACAUCUGCUGCGAGUGCACAGAGAAGUUCCAAUCGUGGCGGCUGCUCAGCUCCCACAUUUGGCGGCUGCACAAGAUCGACACCGGCCUGUACUCCUGCGACAAAUGCAAUUACAAAACCUACAGCCUAUCCAAGCUGAACAACACUCACAAACUCAUCCACGGCGACGUUAAGAAUUUCUCGUGCGAUCAGUGCGGCAAGGCCUUCAAGAACAACAAGCAACUGAACAAUCACAAGCUGACACACAAAGACAAAUCCAAUAAGCUGGCUAACGUCUGCGAGGAGUGCUCGAAAGCUUUCGCAGAUCGAAGGCAACUGAGGAUACACAAAGAUGUGGUGCAUAAGAAGUUGAGGCCUUUUUUGUGCAAUUUUUGCGGGUAUAAGAGCUCGUCGAGGAAUUCUUUGAAAAUUCACAUUAGGCAACAUACAGGUGAAAAGCCGUUCUCUUGUUCGACCUGUUCAUAUACAACGUCAGAUCACAAUUCGUUGAGAAGACAUAAACUCAGGCAUACAGGUGACAAGCCGUACAAGUGCAAAUAUUGUUCGUACGCGUGCAUUCAAAGUAGCACAUACAAAACUCAUCUGAAAACCAAACAUCCCGGUAUGGAAAAGGACCUCAUGUUUGCCUGUGGCGAAUGCCAAUUUAGAUCCGUCAAUAAGGAUAUGUAUACGUCACAUGUGGCAACAGUUCAUGGCUUGAAACCGUCUUGAUAAUAGCAUUAUAAUACCAAGAAAUUAUGGAAGGAAAUGAAGAAAUUUUCAGAUGGAUUUGUACCUUAUCAAUUUUAAAUUACAGACUACUACACGACUUACAAUUUUGC